AUGGUGAAUACCGACUUUGAAAGAAUAUUCUUUAACCAAUCAAAAGGAUCUGGGCGCAUGCGUAUUGCAGACUCCGGAUUAGGUUGGAAAGCAAGUGCUAGUGCAACAAAUGGAUCAACGACGUCAGAGCAACAAACAUUCUUGUUACCUCGUGAAGAGAUUUUAGUAACUGCAUGGUCACGCGGCUCCAAAGGAUACGAGUUGAGAAUUCAGACUAAAAAUAAAGGUGUAGUUCUGUUGGAUGGGUUCCACCCAGAUGACUUUGCCCAGUUGAAGCAAGAAUUGACCCGAAACUUUCAUGUCAACUUGGAACACAAGGAACAUUCCUUGAGGGGGUGGAACUGGGGUACCACCGAUUUGGCUAGAAAUGAAUUGAUUUUCAAUGUCAAUAAUAAGCCUUCAUUCGAAAUUCCUUACGAUUCAAUUUCGAAUUCAAACUUGACCGGUAAAAAUGAAGUAGCAAUCGAGCUUAAUCUUGAUAACAGCAACAAGAAAAUGGGCGAUGAAGUAGUUGAAAUGAGGUUCUAUGUACCAGGAACAACCUUUGAGGAAGAGACCAAGACAGUCAAGAAUGAGGAUGGCGAAGAAGAACAAGUUGUUUCGACUAAUAUGGAGAGCGAACAAAGUGCAGCACAAACUUUCUAUGAGCAGUUGAGAGAGAAGGCGGAUAUUGGCCAAAUUGCCGGAGAAGCCAUUGUCUCAUUUGGUGAUGCAUUGUUUCUUACUCCAAGAGGCCGUUACGAUAUUGAUAUGUAUUCUAACUCUUUGAGAUUGAGGGGUAAGACUUAUGACUACAAAAUCCAGUAUGAGCAAAUUGAACGUAUCUUUUCACUACCAAAGCCAGAUGAAGUUCACCACUUGAUUAUUAUACAGAUUGAUCCACCAUUGAGGCAAGGUCAAACUAGAUAUCCGUUCUUGGUCUUGCAAUUUGUAAAGGAUGAGGAGACUGAGUUGGAAUUGAAUUUAACCGACGAGGAAUUUGAAGAAAAGUAUAAAAAUAAGUUGAAAAAGACGUAUGAUGCGCCUACACACAUUGUUAUGGCCCAUUGUCUUCGUGGUUUGACGGAGAAGAAGCUAGUCAUACCGGGUGCAUUCCAAUCGAGAUUUUUACAACCAGGCAUUUCGUGUUCAGUCAAAGCUUCUGAAGGUUAUUUAUAUCCAUUGGAGAGAUGCUUUUUGUUUGUGACAAAGCCUACCCUUUACAUCCCUUACAGUGAGAUCAGUAAUGUGGUAUUGUCUAGGACGGGAGGUGGAGUCUCUGCAUCAAGAACAUUUGAUUUGGAGGUUAACAUUAUUGGAUCCACCGUUAAGCAUAUCUUUGGCAGUAUCGAUAGAGAGGAACAGGAAAAUAUCGAGAAGUUCUGCGUUGGAAAAGGAGUCAGGGUAAAGAAUGAGGAAAAGAUUGCUAAACAGAGAUUGGCUAAAGCCUUGGAGCAAGAAGCAGACAUGGAUGCCGACGACGAUGGUGAUGUAGAUAUGGGCAGCGCUGGAGAUGACGAUGAGGAUGAAGAUGAUGACUUCCAAUCUGGUUCUGAUUCGGAUGUUGCAGAAGAGUUUGACAGUGAUGCCGCAGCAUCCAGUGGAGACGAGGAUGCAGAGGGCGACGAUAGACCACCAACAAAGAAAACAAAAAAUUAG